GUGUGUAUUUUUUAGAGUUGAGUUGUUUCUAAGAUGGCGACGAAAAAAACGCGUCUUAUGUGAAAAAUGCAAUCAUAACAACUCGUCUUUUUUGCUAAUAAAUGUGCGCUAAUUUGAAGCAGAACUAGUGAAAAACAGAGCUUAGCGUGCGCCGAGUGUUUUACAUGUGAAAGUUUUGGUGCGGAAGCGUAGUGAAAAUGGCCACAAAUAUGUAUCGAGUCGGAGACUACGUCUACGUUGAGACAACGCUGAAUAGUCCCUACUUAAUACGGCGAAUCGAGGAGCUGAAUAAAAACCAAACCGGCAAUGUGGAGGCAAAGGUUAUGUGCUUUUACCGGCGCCGGGAUCUGCCCAAUCCGCUCGUACAACUGGCCGACAAACAUCAACUGGCCACCGCUGAGGACUCACCGCUGGCGACAAAGUUGAAGAAGACCUGGCUCCGCACACCCGUGGGCGAGGAGCAGGCGGCGCAGGCUGUGCUUGAUCCCUCAAUAGCCGCCCUGGAUGAGGAGCGUACCAGUCCGACGCAAUCGUCGGGCGGUGCUGGCUCAGUGACCGCCAAUUCUGGCACCACCAACAGCAACAAUAGCACUACCAGCGGCGGCGGAGGGGCAGGCGGCGUAGCGGAGAAGGGCGAGGCGCUAACCAGCAAGCAACGCUACCAGAUCAAGCAUCGCGAGCUGUUCCUCUCACGCCAAGUUGAGUCGAUACCCGCCACACAGAUCCGAGGCAAAUGCUCGGUGACGCUGCUUAAUGAGACGGAAUCCCUGCAGAGCUAUCUCAAUAAAGACGACACAUUUUUCUACUGUCUGGUGUUCGAUCCAAAUCAAAAGACUCUGCUCGCCGAUAAGGGUGAGAUCCGAGUCGGCAGUCGCUAUCAGUGUGAUAUACCCGCGAAGCUCAAGGACACCGCCUUGGAUGAGCGCAAACUGGAGGAGUUGGAAUCGUUGGUGUGGACGCCCGAGCACAGUUUGACCGAUCGCAAAAUCGACCAGUUUCUCGUGGUCUCUCGUUCCAUAGGCACCUUCGCCCGUGCCCUGGACUGUAGCAGUUCGGUGAAGCAGCCCUCACUACACAUGUCCGCCGCAGCAGCCAGCAGGGACAUCACCCUGUUUCACGCUAUGAACAUUCUGCACAAGCAUGAGUACUCGAUCGAGGAGGCCAUGUCCUCAUUAGUUCCUUCCACUGGGCCUGUGCUCUGUCGUGAUGAAAUCGAGGAUUGGAGCGCCUCGGAGGCGAAUCUCUUUGAAGAGGCUCUGGACAAAUAUGGAAAAGACUUCAAUGACAUUCGACAAGAUUUCCUACCUUGGAAGACGCUGAAACAAAUCAUCGAGUAUUACUACAUGUGGAAAACCACCGAUCGCUAUGUGCAGCAGAAGCGUGUGAAGGCCGUGGAGGCGGAACUGAAGCUUAAGCAGGUCUACAUACCGCAAUAUAACAACAACAAUGGCAGCAAGGGAAACGGAUCCUCUGUAAAGGCGACGGGUGUAUAUAACGGCACCACCACCAACGGGAGCACCGAUCUCUCCAACAAUGGCAAACCUUGCGAAUCGUGCGGAGCUACCAAAUCAUCACAGUGGAACUCGAUCAGUACCGGGCACAGUACGUGUCGCCUGUGCCAGAGCUGCUGGGAAUAUUGGCGGAAGUAUGGCAGUAUGAAGUCUGCGACUAAGGGUGACGGCGGCGGCGACAAUAGCGAUGCUAAGAAGAAGGCUUCGUCGGCCUUAACGACGGCUUCAGCGACGUCAGCGAUAUCGGGUGCAGCCCCCACUGCAGUGGUUGACCUAAAUGACGAUGACAAAAUCAGUGAUCUAUCCAAUCGUCAGCUGCACAGAUGUUCCAUUGUUAAUUGUGGCAAGGAGUUCAAGCUGAAGACCCACCUGGCACGCCACUAUGCCCAAGCGCAUGGCAUCGCCAUUAGCUCCGGGUCACCGCGGCCCAUCAUGAAGACGCGCACUGCCUUUUACUUGCACACCAAUCCCAUGACUCGAGUAGCGCGCGCAAUCUGCCGCAGCAUCGUUAAACCGAAAAAGGCAGCGCGGCAGAGUGCGUACGCCAUCAACGCCCUGCUGGUUAAGCAAGAGUUUACGAAUCGUAUUAGUGGAAAGUCGCAAGCUGAGAUCAAAAAACUACUCUUGUUGAAGCCGAAGGAUCGGGGAAGUGUCACCAAGAUCGCCAAUCGUCUUGGGGCACCGGGUAGUGGUCCGCACGAGUGGCUCAUAUUAACACCCAAGGACAAGAUGCCCCUGCCACUCUUUGUCUCAUUUCCCAAACCCCCGAAAGCUGCCGACGGCAGUUUAGUGUACGAACGAGUGCCCAACAAAUCACCCGAUAUUGUCGCUGUCUCGGCCGACAAGGAGCUAACCAUAAUUCCAACGCAAGCCACUUCGACGAUACGGAAGCGCGCCCACGACGACCAGCAGCAGCUCAAUGGCACUGAGGUUACUAUAGUUCCCAGCGGACCGCCGGCCAAGCGUCCCAAUAAGGAUCCCAUGCCCUCCCAUUGUCCCAGUCCAGAACAGUUUGCGGCGAUGAUGGCUGCAUCUGGACAGCCGCUCUCUCGGCAUCAUCUCAAUGGCAAGCAAAAGAUUGCACAAAUGGCCCGGGGGGGCAACGGACGCAAACAGGUCAUCAGUUGGAUGGAUGCACCGGACGAUGUUUACUUUAGGGCUAACGAUAACCACAAAAAAACGAGAAAAAUACUCUCUGCCGUGGACUUGCGUCGAGCGGCGCGCAAACCUUGGCGCAUACUGCCUAUAAAGCCUGCGGCGCCAGAGCCGAGUAGCAGGCCCAUUGAAUCACAAAUUGUCAUACUGGACUGACCGUCGACGGCAAGCAAAAUGGCAAAAUCCGGUGCAUCAGGGGCAUCGGCAUCGGCAACCAAGUUGUUGUUAUCGUCUUCAGCAAACAGAUUCGACCAGCAGCAACACCCUCCAUUUCCAUAUACCAUGGAUGCACUGCUUAACUAGCGCAUUCUCUGGCUUAAACGGGCUUGCCAUGUACAUACCCCGAAGCAUAAACACUCCCACAUCUCCCACAGUACAGACAGACAGACAACCGACAGAACAGGCAUUAACUUAGGAUCAGUGUAGUUACAGCCUCACUGUACGACGACAUGUAGGAAAUACAAGCAAACACAAAUCCACUUUAAUAGCGCUUAAAUAGGUAUCUUUUUUAAACAAAGCAAAAAUAGUAAGAUAAAAGUGUUAGGCAUGCGAGCAAGAACCACAAAAUAUUUAUAAUUAAUUUAUAUAAUUUUUUAUAUUACACUCAACACACAUACACUCUAUACACUGAAUACACUUUUACUUACAAAAUGUGGACUUUUGCAUUGAUUUAUUUUUUUAAUUUAUGCAUGCUAGUUCUCGAUAUACAUAUAUGUGUUUUCCGUCGCUUUAAAGUUUUUCUCCGUUUAAUUUCCUAAGCUUAAUCCUAGCUAAGAACCAGAUACGUAAUUAUGAAAUUAAAAGGCCUCUCUCGUACGUUUCAUUUUAAUGUUUGGCAGUCCAGAAUUGAAUUAAACGCACAUUACAGAUAUUGGGAGUUAUUUUUAAAUGCUUUGAGAAGAUUGGAAAGGAAAAGAAAUUUAAAAUUGUUAAUAAAUGUGUGACACGUGCAAAGUUUUAGAAAAGGUGAUUACAAAUUUUACGCUGUAACUACUUACUAAUGGGAAACUACACUAAAGCAAAAAUUGUACAGUAAAGAAGUAAAAAGUUAAAAAUUCGAAUAAAAUGUAUUUUCAUAAUUUAUGUAAACACAGACAAACGAAUGUUCAGUAAUCUAAAGAGCUAUCAUACUCAUCCCACACACAACCACACAACCAACCGCAUCCAGCA